AUGGGUCAACACGGGACCAAGGAAUCUCCUCCAGAAUUCCUUCCACCAGUUCAGACACGUGAGGAGCUCCAAGAGCGAUUGCAAUGGCGUUUGUCAAAACUAUUUAUGGACCCGAUUCGGUGUGAAUGGAUACAGACGGUAUUUGAUUGCUUUUGCAGCGAGUCUGAUCUGGGGAAAAUCUGGACUGUGCGUGACCUGAACAACUUCAUGGCCAGUACUUUUCCGCACGAGUUGUCCACGUGCGUAACUGAUGCAGCACCAAUUUUACAUCGUUCCCUCUUGAGACUUGGGUCAUAUCCAUACCAAAAUGACCCCGUAAACCUUCUCACGCUGGAGGUGCUGCGAACAGCUGUCAUUAUUCUGCUUGGACUUGACAAUUGGAGAAUACUCGAGACGGAUAGCGUCGCGAGACAAAGCCUCCCCAAUGAUCGUUCUGUUUCAUUUCAAAGGAGGCUCUUUUUUCAGAGUAUAGCUGAGCAGAAAGAAACACCUCGGCUGUCUCGGGGUCUUGGAGAUGACUGUGAUCUCCAGAAGGCGCUAGAUCUGAUCACCCAGGGGAAUUUCAAGCGUGACAAGCGAUUCCCCACCAGGGUGAUCCUCGGCCCUCAAUAUCCUCCGGCCGAACAUUUCCCUUCGUCAUUUUCCACCUUGACAAGCGGUUUGAUCUCCAGGGAAGAUCUCAGACCUUUACUUCGAUUGAUGCUCGUGACCCAAUUACAUCUGGCAGGCAUUGAUCCGGAGUGCUUCGCGUCUUUGCGAGCAGAAAUCGAAGCCUCGACAGACUCCUUACUGGCGUUGUUCCUCAGUGGCGAUGAUUCAUCCGCCAAUGUGACCUUUUCAGCGUUUGAAAAAGCUAUCGGUGAUUCAUUACCGAAUCUCUUCCAGGGAAUCCCCCGGGUUCUUGGACCUCUAAACUUGGCACGAGAACUUCCGUCUCAGCAUCCACUAACAUCAAUCACUCAGGCUCAAGGCCUGCUGAAAGAGAUGUUCAAGCCGGCGAUCAGAACCCCAAUACCCCCGAGAGGUCUCAUUUCAACUUUGACCCGCUUGAGCCAACUUUCUUUGAGCCUCCCCCAGGAUUUCCCUAUCGAAGCACCCACAAUCAUCCAUUCGUCUUCGCGGGCAGAUCUGGACAGGGUGAGGGAUUGCUUAUCCGACAACAAGAACUCCCAAAUCCUGCUCGUCUCUGGGCGAGGGAAUAAAGACACGGUUGUUUUUGCCGUCUAUUUCCGCACAAGCUCAUCAGCAGAGAAACAAAUCAGACCUAGCAUGAUUGUACAACUGACUCCAGUCCAGAAAGCGUUUCGUGGAUCCGAGGAACAGGGAACCGAGGAGAUGAACGAUUUGCCAUCAAAACCCACUGGCCAGGACGGGUCACAUUUGACAUUGGCACUUUCCGAAUGUAUCCUCGUGGUCAAAGAUAGUUCGGCAGAGGCUAGUCUGCUUGUGAGGACGGACGAUGGCAUCGACCGGCCGUACAUCCUCAACGCGGUGGAGAUUCUCAGCUUCGAAGGGACCAUGGUCUGUGAUGAGACUUUUGGUAAAUGGAUGGACAUCUGA